AUGUCCUUCACUACCAGUCUAACCGGCCGCGAGCGGUCAAGAUGGCCGCCCCUUACCCGCAUGCUCAUGUCUGGCGAGAUGUCAGAGGAAAGGGCGCGGGAGUUGACACGGAAAGAAAAGUUUGACGUCUGGAUGGUUAACGAGGGUUACCGAAGAUUCUUCGUCUUUACUUUUGCCAUUCUCCACGUCAUGGUCUUCGUCUUUGGUAUGAUGAACUACGGACUAAAGGACAACGUCAUCGCAGUGAGACAAACCUUUGGUCUAACCUACCCCAUCGCUCGUUCAGCAGCUCUGGUCCUCCACGUCGAUGUCGCUUUUAUCCUGUUCCCAGUAUGCAGGAACCUAAUUUCCAUGGCUCGUCGUACGCCUCUGAACGACGUAAUCCCCUUUGACAAGAACAUCACCUUCCACAAGCUUGUCGCUUGGUCCAUUGUCUUCUUCUCCUGGGUCCACACCAUUGCCCAUUGGAACAAUCUUGCCCGGUUCUCGGCCGUCAACAAUCUCGGAUUCAUGGGUUUCAUCCUCGCCAACCUUGCGACUGGUCCCGGUUGGAGCGGUUAUGUCAUGUUGCUCUGUUUGAUGGCCAUUGCGCUCACGGCAGCGGAAAAGGCUCGUCGCGCAAACUUUGAGCGUUUCUGGUACAUGCAUCACCUCUUCAUCGUCUUCUUCAUCUUCUGGUCCAUUCACGGAGCCUUUUGCAUGAUUCAGCCCGACUUUGCGCCUUUCUGCGACGGUAUCGGUGUCUUUUGGGAGUACUGGAUGUACGGUGGAUUUGCGUACCUCGCUGAGCGUAUCGCACGUGAGGUCAGGGGACGACACAAGACGUACAUUUCCAAGGUCAUUCAGCACCCUAGCAACGUUUGCGAGGUUCAAAUCAAGAAGGAGCAUACCACGACCCGUGCUGGACAGUACAUCUUCUUGUGUUGCCCUGAAAUCUCCAUCUGGCAAUAUCACCCCUUCACGCUUACUAGCGCCCCCGAGGAAGACUACAUCUCCGUUCACAUCCGUAUGGUCGGUAACUUCACCAAAGCAUUCGGACAAGCCCUUGGCUGCAGCACAGAGAAGAAGCCCGCUGGUGAAAAGGGUGAAAAGGGCGUCUCAAGCGAGGAGAUUGCUCUGCGCCAGAUUCUCCCCCGUGUCUACAUUGACGGUCCUUUUGGUUCCGCCUCCGAGGAUGUGUUUAAGUUCGAAGUCGCCGUCCUCUGUGGUGCCGGUAUCGGUGUCACACCCUUCGCCUCCAUCCUCAAGAGUAUCUGGUACCGCAUGAACUACCCCCAAGGCUCGCGCACACGCCUCCGAAAAGUAUACUUCUUCUGGAUUUGCAGAGAUUUCGGUUCGUUCGAGUGGUUCCGAUCGUUGCUGCUUGCCAUUGAGGCUCAAGAUGUUGAUGAUCACAUUGAGAUUCACACUUACCUCACCGCAAAGAUCAAAGCAGACGACGCAACAAACAUCAUGAUCAACGACGCAAACGCCGAACAAGACGCCAUCACCGGUCUCCGUGCCCCCACAAACUUCGGUCGUCCAAACUGGGACAUGAUCUUCAAGUCCAUCCGCAAAAUCCACUCCCCCGCCGAGGCCGGUGUCUUCUUCUGCGGUCCCAAGGGUCUCGGUUCCACCCUCCACGUCAAGUGCAACAUGUACUCCGAGCCUGGCUUCAGUUUCGUAUGGGGUAAGGAGAACUUCUAA